GAACCCACAGGAACACAACAUAUGAAUCCAAGCUGCUGCUUAUUAUUAGCCACCUACAUGGAGUGCUAGCUAGACGAGCACACUAUAUAUUGCUAGCUGGCUAGGAGGACUACACUGUGUGGUACAUAUAGCUAGUCGGAGUAGAUCAUCAGAGCUAGCGGAAUAACCGAAGCCGAACUCAUCAGCUUAGCUAGCUAGCUAGCUAGCCAGCUAGCGUGCAUGGAUCAGGACGACAAGAAGGAAGGCAAGUACCGCGGCGUGCGGAAGCGGCCGUGGGGCAAGUUCGCGGCGGAGAUCCGGGACCCGGAGCGCGGCGGCUCCCGCGUCUGGCUCGGCACCUUCGACACCGCCGAGGAGGCCGCGCGGGCCUACGACCGCGCCGCAUUCGCCAUGAAGGGCGCCACGGCCGUGCUCAACUUCCCCGCCGGGGCUGCCACCACGAGCGGCGGCUCCUCCUCCUCCUCGGCUCCGGCGGCGGCGGGUGCCGCCAGGGGGAGGACCACCCGGGUCCCGGACUCGGAGAAGGUGGAGCUGGAGUACCUUGACGACAGGAUCCUCGAGGAGCUGCUCGCGGAGGACAAGUACAACAAGAACUACUGAGACUACUACAUAUACACAUAUAUAGCUAGCUAAUAAUACACAGCUAAUAUAUAUAUAUAUAUAUAUAUAUAUAUAUAUAUAUAUAUAUAUAUAUAUAUAUAUAAUACGCUUGUUCUGCUCGCUGUGCUAGCUAGCUGGUCUUCCAGUAAAAAAGGAGACAUGCAUCAAGCAGUAGUACCGCGGAGAAUAGCUAGCUAGCCUCUCUAGCUUUUCCGGUGCCUGGACCUAGCAUGCACACGUGUACACUGCACCGAACAGCUUACACGUCAUUGUUCCAGGAAAAGCUCAUCACGCACCGAGUGCUUCGUCACCAUGAAGACGGACGAAACCAGGCGAUGCAUGCAGGCAUUUGGUUCAGCGCCAGUACGUCAUACCCGGCCUCUGGCCUCUUGCUUCAUUCUAUACAUAUCAUACAGAAUGAUACGGUAUUAAUUUACACACAUAAAGUUAUGACUAUGCAUAUGUAGUCCUUUUUCUUAAAAAAAGAAAUUGUGCUGUAUAUGCAUAUGUGCCAUAUAAAGAUUGGUUAAACUAUUUCAAAUUCUGGCUACUUGGAAAAUAUAGCUGACUGUUUGUGAAAGGUC